CAGGCGCAGCUUGCAGUGCGCGCCGGCAUAGCGCACGUGCGCGAGCGUCACACAUCACGGACACCCAGAAAUUCGCUUAGUUAGUCCCCAGACUCUGUGCUACUCGCACGCAUGGAGCUUUAGCAUUUCCCGCGCACGGUAGUGAUAACCGACAACCGGUGAUGCCCGCAAAUCGGAUCUAGUGCUUAUCAAACUCUUUCGACUAAGUCAAGUGCCAACCUUUAUACAUAGGGAGCCGCGCCGAUGUGUUCGCUGGGAGAGUCGGGCCGCUGAGGCCCGCACGGGCUGAUGGCGGCCCCGGGUGUGCUCGCGCUGCUGGCGGCCGCCGCGCUGGCCGCACUGGCCGCGCUGGCGCAGCCGGCGCUCGCCGCGCGCUUCGGGGACCGACUCGCGCCGCGCGUGCCCGCCUACACGCCGCGCCACGCGCUCCACGACCGUCACGUCUCGAGUGCCGACUAUGAGGAGUAUGACCAGGAGUAUGAAGAAGAAGCCUCCUUCGAAGAUCGGGAGGCUCCUUCAGAAACGGAGCCUCCACCUCGACGACCAGCCCGUACCGAGGCUCAUCGGCUUGAAAUGAGCACUGAAUACUUUGUAGUGCCCCAAAGAACGUCAUCGACGCCCCAACCACCCACUCCGUCUUCGCGACCUUUCGUAUCUACAACUACACACCGUCCAUUAAAUACGACAGUGGUUGUACAAACGGCGCGUAUAUCGAUGGGAGCUCUACGGCAGGAAUCUUGGGCGGUUCCAAUUUUGGCUCUGGCCUGCGUGUGUAUGGCAAUGAUCGCCGGUUUCGAAGCAUUUGUCGUGUGGGGCGCGAGUCGCACGGCGCCCAGCCGCCGUCACCUACUCCUGGGUCAAACUCUGCUGUUCGGUUUGUUCACCUGCGCCGCCUCAGCCGCACUGUACGUCGCUACUCCCACUGUGUUCACUUGCGGUGCCGUGCGUUUCGGAACUGGAGUCGCAUACGUUAUCGUAUUCGCGUCUUUACUCGUGAAGUGUGUAUUUUUGCUAAGCUUGAACGGUGGUGUGUAUCUGCCGGCCGCUUACCAAGGACUUUUGUUAUUUUUCGCGGUAAUGAUUCAAGUGGCCAUCGGCGCCCAGUGGCUAGGCGGAUCGCCGCCGCGAGUGAUGACCGGCGCGGGCAGAUGUGACACGCAGUUAUCGGACUUGUUGAUGUCGUUGUGCUACGCGGCGUUCCUGAUCGCCGUGGUGUGCGGCGUGGCGCUCCGGUCGCGCGGCAUCCGCGACAACUACCGCGAGGCGACGCACAUCGCGGGCGCGGGCGGCGCGACGGCCGCGGUGUGGGUGUGCUGGGUGGCGGCGGCGCUGGGCGCGCCCGAGCGGCACCGCGACGCGUGCGUGGCGGCGGGCCUGCUGGCGACGUGCGCGGUGGUGUUCGCGCUGAUGUUCGCGCCGAAGGGUCGGCGGCUGGCGGCGCUGGGCCGCGAGGGCCGCUGGGACGCGGACCGCGACGAGGGCCUGAGCUCGCUGGGCGCCGGCGGCUCGGGGUACUCGCCCUCCUUCUUCCACUUCAAGCCCGUGAAGUACGGCAUGGUGUCGGCCGCGGCGCCGCUGCCCGCGCCGCCGCCCGUGCUAGAUCGCAAGGAGCCGCCCGCUCAGCCAGCCGAUCUGUACGGAGCGAUGUUCGGGAGCUCGCCGCACAUGCAUGCGCGCCAUAUGUGCCCCCCACCGCACUACCCCCUGCACCCUCUAAUGCACUACCACUACCCGCCUUAUCACUACAUGUUGCCACCAGGCAUGAUGGUGCGCGAGGAGGGCAACGUGUACACGACCGUGGAGCCCACCUUCAGCAGCAACCCCAACGUAUUCUUCCAGCGCACGGAGCCGUUGCAUGCCGGCAUGAUGUACUGAGCAUCUGACAAACCAGCGUUCCGCCGCGAACAUGGAUUUGACAGCACCGCCUAGCGACCAGCCUCGUUUUACUACCACGUCUAUUUAGGACCAACAUAUUAUGUUUUCAGAUUAAUCUGCCCGAAGUGUAU